ACCCCACACCAGCCCUGCUCGCUCUUGCACACCCGGAGCGAGAAGAGUCGAGGAAAAAUCUCGCAUUCGCAUAAAACAAAGCAGCGGCCGAAAAAAAAUGGAGGCAUGAGCUCCGCCUCCUCCCCGUCCCCCGCCGAUCCACCGCAAACCCUAGCCCCGACCUGACCUCCGGCGGGCUUGCCGGUCGGAGAGGGAGUCGCCCACCCCCACCCCCAGGCCUGCCUCUGCCGCCACGGGCGUGGGGCGCGGGCGGCGGGCGAGAUGCCAUCGCACGGGGAUCUGGACCGGCAGAUCGCGCAGCUGCGCGACUGCAAGUUCCUGCCCGAGGCGGAGGUCAAGGCGCUCUGCGAGCAGGCCAAGGCCAUCCUCAUGGAGGAGUGGAACGUGCAGCCGGUCCGCUGCCCCGUCACCGUCUGCGGCGACAUCCACGGCCAGUUCUACGACCUCAUCGAGCUCUUCCGCAUCGGCGGCGACGCGCCCGACACCAACUACCUCUUCAUGGGCGACUACGUCGAUCGUGGCUACUAUUCAGUGGAAACGGUUUCUCUGCUAGUGGCUUUGAAAGUCCGGUACAGAGAUAGAAUUACAAUACUUAGAGGAAAUCAUGAGAGCAGACAAAUCACUCAAGUGUAUGGCUUCUAUGAUGAAUGCUUAAGAAAAUAUGGAAAUGCAAAUGUGUGGAAGUACUUUACAGACCUGUUUGAUUGUUUGCCUCUCACAGCUCUUAUAGAAAAUCAGGUCUUCUGUCUUCAUGGUGGCCUCUCUCCAUCAUUGGAUACAUUGGAUAACAUUCGUUCUCUUGAUCGCAUACAAGAGGUUCCUCAUGAAGGACCAAUGUGUGAUCUUUUGUGGUCUGACCCGGAUGACCGAUGUGGUUGGGGAAUUUCACCAAGAGGAGCAGGUUACACAUUUGGGCAAGACAUUGCACAACAAUUCAACCAUACAAAUGGUCUCUCUCUCAUUUCAAGGGCCCAUCAACUUGUAAUGGAAGGAUUCAAUUGGUGCCAGGAUAAGAAUGUUGUAACCGUCUUCAGUGCGCCGAACUAUUGCUACCGCUGUGGUAACAUGGCUGCAAUUCUUGAAAUCGGUGAGAAUAUGGACCAGAACUUCCUCCAAUUCGAUCCUGCGCCUCGGCAAAUUGAGCCGGACACAACUCGCAAGACCCCAGACUACUUUUUGUAAUUGUGGUGACCUUUUUAACUUACGGGUGUUGAUGCUCCUCUCUUCUGCAGCGUCAGGGUCUGUAGAUCUUAUGUCCUUAGAUAUGGGUUUCGUGAGCCCGAGCUGUAUGUCUCCCAAUUCUUUUGUUUGGAGAUUUUGUUGUACUUUGACUUUGUAUUAUUUGUAGACAGUGAAGGGAAGUUGCAGUAGGAUCGCCCUGCGAUUGUUUUUUUAUUUUCGUCUAAAACAUGUGGUAAGAAUCACCAUAUCGUCUACCUGGCUGAAUAAAUUUCUGUUCGGAUGGGAGGUGCUUUUGGUUUGGGUUCACAGCAUCCCCAUCUGAUGUGUCCUGUAUAGUAUUCGAUGGUGUCUUGUAGAGUUUGGCAUUCACUAGGUGAUGGCAAAUAUGGUUGUCUUGGUGUUUUUUUAUGCCAUGGAUGGUAUCUCCAGAUUAUCAAGUAUGUGCAAAUGACAAUUGUAUGCCAGCUUUACAAAAUCA